AAGUUCAAUGACCAUUCAUAUAAUUAACCCCACAUGAACCAUUGGAACGGUUAACUCAUAAACCUCUCUCCUGCAACGCUGCAAUUCCUCUCUCCAACCCCGAUUCUUCUCAUUGAAGUAUAGGACUGUAAGUGCAAAGGUGGAUCCUUUUGAGCCAGAGAAGGGCGGCAAUGCCCUAAUUAGUGUGCCCAAACAGAAUCUAUCUGGGAUUAGGGUUCAUAAACAUGUGUGGAAGCAGAUGGGUAAUGAAGAAAAGAAGACUGCUGUCAAUGAGGAAAUGAAGAGAUUGAAUAGGCUGCCCGCCAACAGCAGUUAUGCUUCUCACCGUUUGCGGGUCUUGAAUAAAAUACUACAGCUGCUGUCGGUUCAGAGAAACACAUCACAAGAUGAGGAGUUGGAGUUGCUUUUUGCUGGGCUUCAUAUCUGAUGGCAUUUUGGUGUUUGAAUGCUGGAGGUUGAACCAUGGAUAUUCUUCGCUAAAAGUGCUGGGCCAUUACGAUGCUCUCAAAGUUACUGCAAAUAGGGCUUCAUGAAACUCUUAUACAUGUGAAUAAUUUUGUGCAUCUCAUUGUCCUGGAAAUGUGGAAUUUAUGUGGUUUCUCUUUCUUUCCCUUUAACUCUGUAUCUUAGAACCUUAAGGGCAUAACUUUAGCAAUGUACGUGGAAAGUUACUUUUCUCCCUCCUCGUUUUGUUGUUUUUCUCUUCAAAUUGGGUUCACCUUUUUAUUGCAAGAUACUCCUCGUUUAUUUCUCUGUGGGUCUUUACCACAUGGAAAAGGAUUCUAAUAUAUCAUGAAGAAGCAAUAUGCUGUUAGACA